AGCAACAGCUUGGGGCCUCCCCUCUGCUCCCUGCCUCGUUCCUUCUUAGUUCCGUGGUGGUCGGGUCGGGUCGGGUCUAUCUCGUGUCAUCGUCGUUCCGUCGACUAAUACCGACGUCAGAGAACAUGCUUAUGCUCUCACUUUCCCUUACAGCACCCCGCUGCUGCGAUCCGACGUCGCGUGAUGCGAUCUGACGUGGACCUCUGAGCGCCCUCCUACUCUCCUUACCCCGCCCUCUCCCUCUCCGUGCGCGUGCCUUUAUUAUCUGUAGCCAUCCGUUGCUGACAUCGUCGCGCGUCGUGACUUCGGGGCCAAGGAUCCCUGGAAUCCGGUGCUUCGCGUGGCGCCUUCUCCGUGCCUGCCCCCCUGUUCCCAUCACCAUCCACAGUACUACUAGACGCUGACGCUGACGGCUGACGGCGGACGGCUGGCGGCGGACGGCUGACGGCUUCCGGCAGACAGCUGACGGCUGACGCUGAACUCACACAGCGCAAGCACAAAUGGCCGACCACCAGCUCGUCUCCCAGCACCAGCAGUCCCAGCAGGCGCAGCAGCAGCAGCCGCCCGGCGCGCUGGCGCUGUACCACGAGCGGCAGGAGGCGGCGCUGUGCGGCGUGCACUGCCUAAACGCGCUGCUGCAGGCGCCGCUCUUCGACGCCGCCGACCUCGCCGCCAUCGCGGAAGGGCUCGACCGCCGCGAGCGCGCCGUCAUGGCGGAGGGCGGGGCGGGGGAGGCGGGGGAGGCGGGCGUGGGGGGAGGCGGUACUGGCGAGUCGGAGAACGCAGCGGCGGAUGGGGAUUUCAGCAUCCAGGUGCUCUCCGAGGCUCUGUCCGUGUGGGGCCUGUCGCUCACGCCCCUGGACGCUGAUAACAGCGUGGCGAGGGACGCGCAGAGAAACCCGCACUCGCAGACUGCGUUCCUGUGCCACCUGCAGCGGCACUGGUUUGCGCUGCGGCAGGUGGGCGGGCACUGGUUCAACUUCAACAGCCUGCUCGCUGCACCGCAGCACCUCUCCGAGUUCUACCUGGCAGCAUACCUCGCCUCGUUGCGUGCCGAGGGGUGGACCAUCUUCGUGGUCACCGGCGCCUUUCCCCCCGGCCCCCCGCCCUCCUCCGCCUCCUCCGCUGCCAGUGGGCGCUGGGUGACGGCAGGACAGGCGAGGGACGAGCUGGCAGCUGCUGCCGUGGCCAAGGAGUGGGAGGAGCGGGAGGUCAGGGCGGAGCAGCAGAGGGAGAUGCAACUGGGGGGGAUGGGACGGAUGGGAGGGAUGGUGGGCGGGAGGGGUGGUGGUGAUGAUGGCAGUGAUAUUGCUGCCAUGGGGGGAUUUGGAGAAGGGGGUGUGGGGGGUGAGGACCGGGAGUUGGCACGCGCACUGGCGGCUAGUCUUGCUGCGGCUGGGAGUGAGGCACUGGUGGGAAGUGCAGCGAGCAGAGCAAGCGCCGGGGGAGGGGGGAUAGGAGGAGCAGGAGCAGGAGCAGGAGCAAGGGCAGGGGCACACGGGGAGGCGGCAGGAGGGGGGUCAAGCAUGGCAGCAGGCCCCUGGGCAGGAGUGGGGAGACGUUUGGGAGGAGCACCGGGUGCGGGUGAUGGAGUUCAUGCAGGGGGCGCGUGGGCGGAGAGCCAGUACGAGGAUGACUUGGCGCGGGCAAUCGCUGCCAGCAUGGCGGAUGCGCAGGGCGGUGGUGGUGGGGGCGGCGGUGGGCAGACAUGACAGUGGGGUGGGGGGGCGUGCUUGGUGGUGUCGGGUUGUUGGUGCUGUGCUGCCUGCCAUGUGGUGUGGGGUAUCGUGGAGAGGCUUGGCUUGGAGGGGAGUGUUGCUGCUGUUGGUGGCGAGGAAAGAGGGGGCAGGUACAGAGGACAGCAGCGUCGGUCUUUGACAUGGGGUUAGCCCUUCACUUGCACUCAGGACCACUGGCUCGCACACUCGACUGUACAUGUCCCGCCAAAUAUGUGCCACUCGCACGCACACACCUCUGUUUACCCACCUUGAAGCCGAGCUCGUUAUGGUUGCACACACACAUUCGUGGCAUGGUCCUCUUUUACAGACAAAAACAGUCUGAACGUCUGAUUUUCAGACUGUAUUUUUCGACUCCGUCUGAUUUGGCAGACAAUAAAUAUUUUGUCUGAUUGGCUUAGACAAGGUUUUACAAUUUGUCUGAUUGUUUAGACUAGCGUUUCUACCUUAUAUGAAUCGACUAAUAUG